AUGGAUCGUCGCAACGCCGCCCAGCAGCUCGCAAAUCAGUCCGAGGUCAUUCGCCUCCUCGAGGCUGAUACCGUGCCCUGGUACAAGAAGCCGAACCUGCGCUUUCUUUACUUCUGUCUUGUUCCCGCUGCCCUCGGCGUUGAAAUGACCACUGGCUAUGAUGGUUCCGUCCUGAAUGGACUGCAAGCGGUGGAAACCUGGCAGACCUACUUCAAUACUCCCAGCGGCGCUCUCCUCGGUGUGCUCAACGCAUCGUAUAACCUCGGCGGCCUCAUAACUCUGCCCAUCGUUCCGUACGUCAACGACAGAUUUGGCCGCAAGCACAGCAUCACCUUUGGUUCUGUCAUCCUAAUCAUUGGCGUCAUCUUACAGUCUGCUUCUCAGAAUGUUGGCAUGUUCCUCGCCUCCCGCCUUGUUCUCGGCACGGGCAUUCCCUUUGCCGUCUCUGGCGCCUCGCAGCUCCUCGCCGAGUUGACCUAUCCCCGUGAACGAGCUGUAAUAACCGGGCUCUUCAACACCUCGUGGUUUAUUGGUUCAAUCAUGGCCGCCGCCGUAACCCUCGGCACGCACACCAUGCCCAACGACUGGGGCUGGCGCAUUCCAUCUAUUUUGCAGGCUGCGCCAUCAAUACUCCAGAUAAUCUUCAUAUGGUUCGUUCCCGAGUCACCGCGUUGGCUCCUCUCCAAAGACCGCAGUGAGGAGGCUUUUGAAAUCCUUGUCAAGUAUCAUGGCGAAGGAGAUCGCAAUUCGCCUUUUGUAAACGCAGAGUUCCUUGAGAUCUCAGCGCAGUUGAAGAUGGAGAUUGAGAAUUCCAAGUCUCGCUGGAUUGAGUUGCUCUUGACGCCAGGGAACAGGAAGCGGACGCUUAUUGCCAUGUGUGUUGGCGUUUUCACACAGUGGUCUGGAAAUGGACUUGUCUCCUACUAUCUCGCCAAAAUACUAAGCACGAUUGGCGUCAAGGACAAACGAACCCAAAACAUCAUCAACCUUUCUCUCUCGUGCUGGUUCUGGCUCUGCGCAACAGGCAGCGCCUUUCUAACCCCACACCUCCGCCGCCGCACCCAGUUCCUCUCUGGAUUUAUCGGAAUGACGAUAGUCUUCUCAAUCUGGACUGGCGUCAGCGCGGGCUACGCACAACACGCCUCACACUCCGCCGCAACGGCCGUCAUCGCCAUGAUCUUCCUCUACAAUGCCAUGUACAGCAUCAUGCAGCCGCUCACGUACAUCUAUGUUACCGAGGUGUUCCCCUUUGUGCAUCGGGCCAAAGGUGUUGCGGUCCUGCAGUUCUUUACGCGCGGGAGUACGGCAUUCAAUUCGUUUGUGAAUCCGAUAGGCAUUGAUGAUUUGGGGUGGAGGUUUUAUUUGGUUUAUGUGGCAUGGUUGGUCGUUGAAACGACGGUGAUCUUCUUCUUGUAUCCUGAGACCAAGGGGCCAACCCUCGAGGAGAUUGCGCAUAUUUUCGAUGGCCCUGCAGCAGGUGCCAGCGUAAAGGCCAGGCUGGAUGAGGAGCAGGAUGCCACUAGUGCCCAUAUCGAGAACAAGACAGCGGCCGAGCGUUAG